ACUGAAACCAAAGCAUCUGAUACUAUAUUGCCUGUUUCGGAUUUGCUAAGUACUAAUCCUGGUUACCAAGCUAAUUAAAGAGCAAGGAAGGCACAACAGAAUAAAGAACCUCCACCUCACGAAGUUGUUUACAUCUUUUUCACAGUGUCUGCUCUGCCCCCUAAAAGCACAAAGGAACAGGUGGCAAGAUGCCAAUAACUUUUGGACUGGUCUUAUCUUAGCAGCUAGUACUAAUCUCCAUCCAGGAGAUACUAUAAGAGGAGCCUCCACUGACACUCAACUCAAACAUCGGAGUUCCUUGUUGGUGGCCAGCACCGGCACAUCUCAAGAUGAAGGCAAGUACUUUUGCUCUCUUCUUCUUCCUCCUCCUCACCUUUGCCUUCCAGGGCACAUGGUGUGCAGCAACAGCUGAAAGAAGAAGCAACUUGGUUGAUGCAGCUCGUCGUCAUCUCAGGCCUCAUCUCCAGGUUCAGGGAUUUCAUGGAGUCAAAGGCAAGAAGCUCUUGGAAAUACAGAGUCCAAGGAAGCUUGGGGCUGGGCACAUGGGCGGCGGCGGCCCCGGCGGCGGGGCGGGCGGCGGCGGUGGCGGCGGGAGGAACACCGGCGGCGGCGCGGCCAACACGAGGCCGCACAGCACCAAGAACGCCGGUGCGGUGGCGCUGCCGGCUCCGGUGACCUCCAUCCUGGCGCUGGUUUUCUCCUCUGCCAUUCUUCUCUCGGCGUUGAUCUGAUCUUGCUGCAAGGUGGUACAGUAGUACUCAGUGUCUGUGUGCCUAGUGGUGCUGCGAUUUUCAGAAAUUGUUUGCCUAAUUGUUUCUCAGUGGUCCUGCUGAUAUAUUGGAUGUAUGUUAAGGUCUUGAAUUAUCAAUCCAUUUUCUGUCAGAUAGUUCUUACUUCUGAGCUCCAGCUGUUUGUAUCUUGAUGAAAAAUCAACUGGUAAACCAAAAGUUUAUCAUUUGCUAGACAAUGAAACCCAAAUUUUAUGCCAA